UGUGGGAGUUCCACAAAGAGUAAUAAAGUAAUUAGGUUGUGGCGUUAGUAUAGCUGUCGUAUGCUCAACAAUCAGUUGUCAGUUAAGUGGUAUUUAAUAGUAACAUUGAACUAGAGAUUGCAGCGUUAUUAGAACCGCAUCAAAGUUCACUAAUUUUACUUUUUGUUGUAAAACACGGAACUGUUAUUUUAGUCGAAGUUGUGGAUUGUGCUUACCGAGUCGGAAGAAUUGUGUUGACAUCAAGCCGUUUACUAGGUGAGGCUCCCCAUACCCCCUGGUGAUUGGUUGCAUUCAAUUCCAUAGCACCAUACACAAAAUUUUCUUUCUGGUGUGAUGGUGUGUGUCCGCGGCCCGCUAUGAUGGAGGACCCGGUGGUGGUGAUCGCCAAGUACGACUACCACGCGGAGAACACACAGGAGCUGAACAUCAAGAAGAAUGAGCGGCUGGUGCUGCUCGACGACAGCAAGGACUGGUGGAAGGUCCAGAACACUGCACACAAGUCCGGCUUCGUCCCGUCCAACUUCGUGAAGCGCUCCAAACCCAAGGCUUCCAUCCUUUCCAGUCUGAGAAACACACUCGGCCGGAAGAAGAGCGAUGCCAAGAACUCGUCGGCCUGUGCUUCACCAUCGACAGUGCGCAGCGUGAACGGGGAGUCACGGACCCGGAACCUGCGUUCCAACGCGCCCAGUAACAUUCAGAUCUGUUCGCAGGCGACACCAGCAUCGGCGAAGUAUAACUAUACCGCGGAGCGAGAGGACGAGCUGUCUUUGAUCAAAGGGGAGCGGAUUUUGGUGUUGGAAAAAUCCAACGACGGCUGGUGGAAAGGGCAGAAGAAUAACGACAAUAUCGGCUGGUUUCCAUCAAAUUACGUUACGGUGGACGUGGAGAAUGACUACUGUACGGCCGCUGGGGCCGACGCGAUGAUGAACGAUUGCCUGGAGGUCGUUGUGGCGCUGUACCCAUUCACAGGAAAGAACGAAGAGGAGCUCAGUUUCGAGAAAGGUCAGAGGUUAGAAAUCAUCCACAAACCUUCAGAGGACCCCGAGUGGUGGUCAGCGCGCAACAGCAGUGGUGAGGUCGGACUGGUGCCGAGGAACUACAUGCAGACUGUGGACGUUGAUGGUGAGGGUGACCGUGCAGCCAGCAUCGGCUCCAACAACACAAGUAACACGCCGCCCUCGCAGUCUACGAGCAGCCUGUCAAACGCAUCGUCAGUGGGGUUGUCGGGGGGGCGGAGACAGUUCAAUGUGUCGGGGCCACUGUCAGACAGAGACUGGUAUUACGGCAAGAUCAACCGCCAGCAGUGUGAGGAGUUACUCUCGAAACACGCCGAGGACGGCGAUUUCAUAAUACGGGAUAGUGAGUCUACAGCUGGUCAUUACACAGUGGUCCUUAAAGCGCCAAACAGAAACAAGCAUUUCAGGGUGAACGUUACGGACGGUGUGUACGGAAUAGGACAGCAGAAAUUCACGUCCAUGGAAGACUUGAUAGAGCACUAUCAGAAACACCCGAUAUUCAAACAGGACUCGGAGAAACUCUACCUGAUCAAGCCUUUCACAAUGCCGUCGGAUGUCUAGAGUCGAUCUCGUUACAUGUUGCAUGCAAGAUUAGCCUGAGCACUCUGCCCGUGCGAGAGCCAGACAGACAUUUGGACAGCUAUGAUCGCUCUCUCUCGGUCAGAUUAUUCUAUAGCGAAAACAUGGAAUGGCCGAUUACCAUAUGGUUUACAGAGAUUCCCGCUCUAAUACAAACAAAAUUCUAAGUUUGACACUAAAUACCUUUACAUUGAUCCAUUGGCAUAGCCAGGAUUUUAUAUUGGGUGGGGGGUAGCCCACACUAUAUGUGUAUUUUAUAAAAUUUUAUAAAAUUUCUUUUUAAAAUAAGGUUUGAUUGGGUGGAUGGACACUGUGCCCCCCCCCCCCCCCCCCCCCCCCCGAUAUUUGGCUUAUUCACCACUAAUACACACACUACAGGAAGAAACCCGACUGCACUUAAGUUUUCUACAUUUUUUAUCAGAACAUUAUUGAAAGAAGGUGCUUUUGGUUUUCUUCCCCAUAGUGUGUGUAUUAGUGGUUACUAUGUAAAAUAUUGAAUAGCGGCGAACUCAAAAAUUAUCAAUGUAAUGGUAUUUAGCGUCAAACUUAAAAUUUUUGUUGUAUUAGAGCUGGGAAUCUUUGUCUACAGUGUGGUAUUCGGCCAUUCUGUGUUUUCGCUACAGAGAUGUCUCUGACUAAGAGAGCGAUCAUAAUAGUACAGAUGUCCUUCUGGCUCUCCAAUGGUAGAGUGCUCGGGCUGAUGCAAGAUGUGUUGUUAUAAAUAUGAAAAUUCACUCAUCGUGCUUUUACUCGCUUUUCAUAAACUCUUUAAAAAAAAAUUAGAGGAUGGAAAUGCACUUGUGUCUACAGCAGGGUUCGAAAAAUCUCACCUUUUCAAAGUGGAA